AUGGCAUCCCCAGCUAGUGCCGCCGUGCGCUUCCUAGCCGGCUCCAAGAAGGCGCCUCAGGGCAUCCUGCAAUUGCGACUGCAUGUGAAGCCCGGAGCCAGCAAGAACAGAGAGGGCAUUCAGGCGGUGACUGAAGAGGCGAUUGAGCUGUGCGUUGCGGCCCAAGCAAAGGAUGGUGAGGCCAACCAAGCCGUGAUGGAGGUUCUCAGCGAAGCCCUGGAUAUUCCAAAGUCGAAGUUGAGCUUGGUUCAGGGCGCAAGGUCAAGAGACAAGACUGUGGUUGUACAAGAGAUUAAAGGCGAUGGAUCUGCCUAUGCUGCGACGAUUCUGGAGCUGCUUCAUAAGGCUAGCUCAGAGACUUGA